GGCUUGUCUUUGUUCUCGCGUCUACACGAAUUUUGACAGUCUCCCUCGCGAUAUCGACGAGCUCACUGUUCGGCGCGACGAGCAGCAGCGAACGCCACCAUGUCUUUCUUCUCGACGCCGGCGUCGUCCUCCUCGGCGGAAAAGGAUGUUGAGAUGCCCGACCCGCCCUCGGAUUCUAUCUCCUCCGUCGCGUUCUCCCCGCAAGCGGACUAUCUUGCAGUCGGUAGCUGGGACAAUAGCGUGCGCAUCUAUGAAGUCGGCGCGGGCGGGCAGUCGCAGGGGAAGGCGCUCUACCAGCACCAGGGACCCGUGAUGGGCGUGUGCUGGAACAAGGAGGGGAACAAGGUGUUCUCGGGCGGCGCGGACAACGCGGGGCGCAUGUUCGACGUGGCGACGGGGCAGGCGACGCAGGUCGCGCAGCACGACAUGCCGAUCAAGGCCGUGCGGUGGAUAGACGCGCCGCAGGCGGGGAUCCUCGCGACGGCGAGCUGGGACAAGACGAUCAAGUACUGGGACUUGCGGUCGUCGACGCCGGUGGCGAGUGUGACGUGCCCGGAGAGGGUGUACACGUUUGAUGUGCAGUUCCCGCUCAUGGUCGUCGGUACGGCGGAGCGCCACAUCCAGAUAUUCAACCUUAGCAAUCCCAGCACGCCGUAUAAGUCGAUACAAUCCCCGUUGAAGUGGCAAACACGCGUCGUGUCGUGCUUCACACAGUCUGCAAACAGUGGCUUCGCGGUAGGCAGCAUCGAAGGACGCGUCGCCAUCCAAUACGUCGAAGAAAAGGACUCUGCCAACAACUUCUCCUUCAAAUGCCACCGCAGAGACAGCCAACCCAACUCCAAGGACCAGUCGCUCGUCUACGCCGUCAACGACAUCUCCUUCCACCCAGUGCAUGGAACCUUCUCGACAUGCGGCGCCGACGGGACCAUCCACUUCUGGGAUAAAGAUGCACGCACGCGCCUGAAAUCGUUCGAUGCCCAGCCGGGUCCGAUCACGAGUACAGCGUUCAACCGGACGGGGACGAUCUUCGCGUACGCGGUGUCCUACGACUGGUCGAAGGGCCACUCGGGGAACACGCCCGGGCACCCGAACAAGCUCAUGCUGCACGCGUGCAAAGACGAGGAGGUCAAGAAGAGGCCCAAGAAGUAGUCGGCGUGCGUCUUACUCUCGAAGCACGCACUGGCGGGCGACUCGUGUAUGGGAGAGUCGUCAAUGCACUAACCUUUUGGACGCCCAGAUGGGCGCUUGAGAUGACGAUGUAUGUCGGUAUCUUGCUUUUGCUGUCGCUAUGUAUUCUACUUUUCUGUCAAUGUGAUCUGUUUCAUUGCGUAGCCCCUCCUGGUAUACUCAUACU